AUGGCCAAGGAACGGCGCUCGGUGGAGUCCCUCUCUGACUUGUGGCGAGCAGGAGCAGAACAGGCUCAUCGAGAGGUAGAAGACGACGGGGUCGAGCAGCAGAGGAGCAAGCAGGCAGGCCGAGACGACGAGAUGACGAUCCGGUUCGUGCUGUUCGUGAACAAGCAGGGCCAGACACGGCUGGCGCAGUACUACGAGCACCUCUCCCUUGACGAGCGACGCGCCCUCGAGGGCGAGAUCGUCCGCAAGUGCCUCGCCCGCACCGACCAGCAGUGUUCGUUCGUGGAGCACCGGAACUACAAGGUCGUGUACAGGCGCUACGCCUCCCUUUUCUUCCUCGUCGGCGUUGACAAUGAUGAAAAUGAGUUAGCUAUCCUUGAAUUUAUACAUCUUUUGGUGGAAACUAUGGAUCGCCACUUUGGCAAUGUGUGCGAGCUUGAUAUCAUGUUCCAUCUGGAGAAAGUGCACUUCAUGUUGGAAGAGAUGGUGAUGAAUGGUUGCAUUGUGGAGACGAGUAAACAGAACAUCUUGGCACCCAUACAACUUAUGGAGAAAACUUCCUAA